AGUUACAGGCAUGUACUGUUAUACCGGAAUUCGGGGACCCCCAGAAGACCACCAGAGACCACGAUCAAUCUCAUGCACAGAAAAAUUUGAGUGGGAAAGUGAACAUCGAGUAUCCCCAGAUCUUAUGAGUCCACGUCACUAACAUUUCUCCCAGAUUCCACAGAGAUCUGGCUCCGAGAGCACCAAAAUAUGAGUAUGUCUCUGGAGUUGGUGUCAUUUGAGGACGUGUCUGUGGACUUCAGCUGGGAAGAGUGGCAGGACCUGAGCAGUGCUCAGCGGACCUUGUACAGGGACGUGAUGCUGGAGACCUACAGUAGCCUGGCGUCCUUGGGGCAUUUCAUGACCAAACCUGCAGUGAUUUUCAAAUUGGAGCAAGGAGCGGAGCCAUGGAUGGUUAAGGGACCUCCAAACCAGAGCUGCUCAGAGAUCCAGAGAUUUGAAGACCUAAUAGAGAAAAACCAAGAAAGUCACAAUAGACAUUUGUGGCAAGUUCCUGGCAACACCAACAUAUCAAAUGGGGAAAGAGCUAAAGGAGGAAAAACACUUAACUUAAGCUUAAAACAAUUUUCAAAUGUGCUUAUAAAUAAUGGAAACUAUUCAGGGAAGAUCCCUAAGGAGUUUAACAACAUACAUGAAAACAUGCUUCUCUCUAACAUGCUCAAAGAGACCUGUACUGGAGGGAAAUCUGAAGAUUGUAGUAUAACUGGGAAAGCUCUCACAUACGGUGCACUUCUUAAGCAAAAUCACAAGAGUCCCACUGGAGAAGAGCAUUUUGAAUGUAGUGGACAAGGGAAAAACUUCAACUCAGAGGUACUGUUAUCAUCACACCAGAGGGUUAAUGUGGAUAUCUGUAUGUACAGUGCCUAUGAGUCAGCCAUUGCUCAAGGAAAUAUGCAGGAUGGGAAGAAAAACUUUGAAUGUAAAUUAUGUGGGAAAGCUUUCUUUAAAAUAUCUAACCUUACUAAACAUCAAAAAAUGCACACAGGAAAAGAACCCUAUAAAUGUAAUGAAUGCAAGAAAUCCUUCUACAGGAAAUCAGUCCUCACAGUUCAUCAGAGAACACAUACAGGAGAGAAGCCCUAUGCAUGUAAUGAAUGUGAAAAAUCCUUCUCUCAAAAGUCAAGCCUUAUUACGCAUCAAAAAAUCCACACAGGGGAUAGACCUUACCAAUGCUAUGAAUGUGGAAAGUGCUUUUACCAAAAGUCAGCCCUUAGUACACAUAGCAGAAUUCAUACAGGAGAGAAACCCUAUGAAUGUCAGGAAUGUAAGAAAGCCUUCUGUCAGAAGUCAGGCCUCACUACACAUCAGAGAAUUCAUACCAAAGAAAAACCCUAUGAAUGUAAUGAGUGUGGGAAAACUUUUUGCAUGAAGUCAAAUCUCACAAUGCAUCUCAGAACCCACACAGGGGAAAAACCCUUUGUGUGUAAGGAAUGUGGAAAAACGUUUUGCCAGAAGGCAAACCUCAGGCGGCACGAGAGCAUUCACACAGGGGAGAAACCUUAUGCAUGUACAGAAUGUGGGAAAGCUUUCUACCAGAAGUUAGAGCUCACUAAACAUGUGAGAAUUCACACUGGGGAGAAACCUUAUGAAUGUAAUGAAUGUGGAAAGUCCUUUUGUGUUAAAUCAAACCUCAGCUCACAUCAGAGAACUCACACUGGUGAAAAGCCACAUGGAUGUAAAUACUGCAAGAGAACAUUCUGCCAUAAGUCAGAUCUCACUAUACAUCAAAGAAUUCACACAGGCGAGAAACCCUAUGAGUGUAAUGACUGUGGGAAAACAUUUUGCCUGAAGUCAGCCCUCACUAAACAUCAUAGAACUCACACAGGGGAAAAGCCCUAUGAAUGUUUUAAGUGUGGACGAGCCUUUUGCCAGAAGUCACACCUCAGCAGGCAUCAAAAAAUUCAUACAGGGAAAGGUCUGCAUGGUAGGGCCAGGCGCUGGUGGCUCACACCUGUAAUCCUAACUACUUAGGAGGCUGAGAUCUGAGAACCACAG